CUACAUUCACACGACGAAACAAACUCGACUCGCCAUCAAGACAUAAGCACCAUGGCAGCAACUACGAAAAUCGCAGACCUGCUUCACCGCACCUUCAUUGUCGGACUCUUCGGCGCAACAGUCUACAUUGGAAUCGGCACGAUCCAGCUGGUCAAUGCCCGUAUUGAAAAGAACAAGAUCAUGAGGGCAACCUGGGAUGCUGAACAAAUGGCCGAGUUGCGUCGUCAGGGAGAACUUGAGAUGGAGCGACAGAGACUGGAGCAGCAAGCAAGAAGAAGCCUCGGAGAAUAA